AUGCUACAGUUCUCGUCCGUACCUUUCGCUCUAAUAAUCACACUAUGCCAGGCAAUAGUAACUCGUGGAAAGCCACCAAAUAUCUUAUUCAUCAUGGCCGAUGACCUUGGAUUCAGUGAUCUUGACUGGAAAGAUGAUACGUUAUAUACACCUAAUAUACGAUCGCUGGCUUUCCAUCCACACUCAGUUCAACUUACAAACUCUUACGUAAACCAACUUUGCACACCGACCAGAAGCGCUUUCAUGACCGGCUACUAUCCGUUUCGAGUUGGAACACAGAAUGGUGUUUUUCUGCACAUGGAACCGUCUGGGGUUCCUUUGCUGUUUCCCUUUGUUCCGGAGAAUCUUCGCUCUCUUGGGUACUCGACGUAUCUUAUUGGAAAAUGGCAUCUCGGGUACUGUAGGAAAGAAUUUUUGCCGACAUCGCGUGGUUUCGACUAUUUUUACGGGUUCUAUGGGCCACAAGCUGGGUACUUCAAUCAUAGUUCAGAUCAAUGGCACCGAGAUUUGAGACGAGUUGUUCGAGGAGUUGACCUGUUCGAAGAAUUCGGUGAUGGCAUCAGUUUGCCAGAUUUUAGUCGAAAUGGAAUAUAUUCUACGGAUUUGUUCGCCAACGCAGCUAUGGAGACUAUUGGUUCUCAUAAUUCGUCGAAGCCGUUCUUCCUGUUCCUUUCUUUCCAAGCAGUUCAUCCUCCACUACAGGUCCCAAAACGACUAGAGAAGUACUGCAGCACGAUCAAAUCGAAAUCUCGCCGAAUUUAUUGCGGAAUGUUAACCGCCAUGGAUUUCGCUAUCGGACGAGUUAUUGAUCUCCUUAAAUCCGUUGGGUAUUACGAAGAUACUGUAAUCGUAUUCACCAGUGAUAACGGUGGGACUGCUCAAUUUGGAGCGUCGAAUAAACCGCUUCGAGGUGAAAAGGAUACUCUUUGGGAGGGUGGCACCAAAACAACCACCAUCGUUCAUGCACCAAAAUUCAUAAAGAUGAACGGAGUUAGGCCACAAUUGUUCCAUGUUGUAGAUUGGCACGCAACGUUAUUGGCUAUUGGUGGAAUGCAAUUACAUUCGUAUGGCGACGGCAUUAAUCAAUGGGACUACAUCGUCACUGGAUCACCUCGUGUAAGACGUUUUCAAUUCAUCUACAACAUUGAUGAUCAUGGGUCAGCGAUACGUGAUGGCGAUUACAAACUAAUCUACGGGAACACUGACCGUCGCUUAAGAGGUGAACACGGAAAGAUUCGACUCUAUCGAGUUACUGAAGAUCCCGGUGAACGAAACGAUAUCUCAAGGUUUCAGCCUGGCGUCACUCGUCGGUUACUAAACAAAAUCCUCGAUCUCCAGAAAUACAUGCGACGAAACGUUCGAAAACCUUUGAGUCUUCUGGGAAAUCCAGAGCGAUUAAACGGCAGUUACGCAAGUGGCUGGUGUAUAUAG